UAUAAAUUGUGGUCAUUUUUAGAGUGAUAAAAACAUUAUUAUUAAUAAUAUAGUUAAUAUAAUAUCAAAAUGAGUGACGACGAAUCUGAAUCAAAGAAAAAUCAUUAUAUUACAUGCUUAGCAUGGGUAAAAAGGGGAGUAGCUGCUUCAGUGCCUGAUAAGGUUGAAUUAUCAGUUCAAGAAUUGCAGAGCAUCUUGAAAACUACAGAGCAAAUGAAAGAUGAGGAUAAUAGUGAUCAGGAAAAUGGAACUUUUACAGUUGUAAAAGAUGAAGAAAUGAAGGAUGGUUCAGUAAAUGUUACUGAUGAAUUUGAUUUUAACAAAUAUGAUGAAGAACCUGAUGACAUUUUAUGUCGUAUAGAUAAUAUUGCAGUUAUUGAUGGCAGAGAUCCAUUUAUUACUACAGGUGAUAGUGAUGAUGAAGAUUCAGAAAAAGAAGAUGAUAUUAUAAAAUCUAGUGAUAAUCUCCUUCUAGUAGGACAUCUCAAAGAUGAUGAGUGUGUUUUAGAAGUAUAUGUAUAUAAUGAAGAAGAACAAUCGUUCUAUUGUCAUCAUCAUAAUGAUCUACAAUAUAUUCCAUUGUGCUUUGAAUGGUUGAAUUUUGAUCCAUCAGAUAUAUUGAAACCAGUUAAUUUUUGUGCCAUUGGAAACUAUAGUUCAGUUAUAGAUGUUUGGGACUUGGAUAUAGUUGGAAGUGUUGAUCCAGUUUUUCAACUAGGUAAAAAAUCCAACAAAAAAAAGAAUAUAAAGCAUGUUGGACACAAAAAUUCUGUACUAGAUAUAGCAUGGAAUACAUCACUAAAUCAUAUUUUAGCCAGUGGAUCAGCUGAUAAAACUGUUAUUUUGUGGGAUUUAGAAUUUGGUACACCUAGUACAAAAUUGACAUCAUUUGAAAAUGUAGUUCAAUCUAUUAAAUGGCAUGAGACAGAAUCUCAUAUAUUGCUUACUGGAUGCAUGGAUAAGAAAGUACGAUUGUAUGACUGCAACUCUGAAACUGCUAAAACAUGGUUAGCUUCUGGAGAAGUUGAGAGAGUUUUAUGGAAUCAUUUUGAUUCAAACAUAUGUUUCAUAAGUACUGAUAACGGUUAUCUCGAGUGUAUAGACAUUAGACAAGAUAAAGCUCUAUGGCAGAAAAAAGUGCAAGAGGAGGAAAUGGCUGGUUUAUCAAUGAGCGUAUCUUGUCCGGGAUUAUUAUUAAGCUCUAAUAAAGAUGGGACAUUAAAAAUUUGGGAUGUAAUAAAUUACUUGGAACCUCAAUUGGUUGCUGAAAAGCAAACAAAUGUGGGUCAAAUUAUGUGUCUUGAAGCAAACUGUGAUAGUCCUUUUACUUUUGCUAUUGGGGGAGAUAACAAGGCUCAUCAUCUCAGUCUAUUCAACGCAUCGAGAUUAGAUAAAGUUGCUGAACAUUUUAAGAAUCGUAAAGUCAAGAACUUUAUUCCACCAGUGGCCUUGGCAGAAUCAAGUCAUGUAGAAAAUAAGGAUGAAUCAGGAAAUACAGAACUAAUGGAUAUUACAGAAAAUAUGAGCACAAUUAAUUUGGAAGCAAAAAAAAUUUCCAAAUUGACUAAAACAAAAAAGAAGCCUAGACAUCGUAAUCGUAAUGUCAAAUAGACAAAAUUAAUAUUAUUUGCGUGUGAAUAUUACUUAUAUGUAGAUGAAAAUAUUUUUAGUUUUGUACAUUGAAUAGUCUUCCUUUUGCUUCAUUAAUCAAUUAAUAUCAAUAAAUCAAGGA